CUGUGCCAGCGACACACAAACGCACACACGCACACACACGCACACACACGGACACACACACGCAGGCCGCUUGUCUGGAACAUUCGGUCAGCUGAAAGAUGGACAAGUCGCCGAGUCUGUCCUCCGAGGGCUCCCUCCCUCCUCCGCCGGACGACGACGACUCCAGCUCGGCUUGCUCCGACGAGCUGCUCGGCUCUCAGUCCCGCCGCUGGUUGUCCGACCUCCUGGCGGGGGAAGGUCCCGCACACCCCGGCGACGUCAACGGGGACGUGAGCGUGGGCCGCGACGGAUUGUUCGUGGACUUUCACUUCCCUCUGGGCGAACUGGAGAUGAAGGCCGCCGGGGUCAAGUGGAAAAGACCCAAGGAGCUGUGCAGGACGCCUCACUUUACCGUAGAUGGAGCGUCACGCCUCGACAUCCGCCAAGGGAAACUCAGCGACUGCUGGUUGCUGUCGGCCAUCGCCUCUCUGGCCGUGCACAAACCUCUGCUGGACAAGGUGGUACCACCGGGACAGACCUUCCUGGAUGGGUACAAGGGCUGCUUCGUCUUCAGGUUCUGGCAGUACGGUCAGUGGGAGGAAGUGCGCAUUGACGACCUGCUGCCCACCUGCAACAACGACCUGAUCUUCCUCAGCUCGCCACAAAAGCACGAGUUUUGGAGCUCUCUGCUGGAGAAAGCCUACGCCAAGUUGAAAGGAGGCUAUCGAGCUCUGGACAUGGGAUUCCCUCACGAGGCGAUGGUGGACAUGACGGGGGGUGUGGCCGAGGUUUUAAAUGUGUCUUUGCUGCCCAGAGAUCUUCCAGUGUUGGUCAGACAGAUGCUGGCCAAAGGAGCGCUCAUAAACUGCGCCAACACGCUCGGUCCUCUGGAGAGCAAGAAUGAGCUGGGAAUCAUGUUCAGACACGCCUACUCGCUGACGGCGGUCGAGGAGGUGCAGACCACAUAUGGACCAGUGGACCUGGUGCGCAUUAAUAACCCGUGGGGCAACACCGAGUGGGAGGGGCCAUGGAGUGACCUGAACGGUCCAGAGUGGAACACAGUGAGCCCCCAGGAGCAAAAGAGACUGGAGCGAGUCCGACGGGAGGAUGGGGAGUUCUGGAUGUCAGUGUCGGACUUCCGGCAGAACUUUGAGACCAUGGAGGUGUGCCACCUGUCUGACCUCAGCGAGCCGACGGGCGCCAGCGUGCAGCCGUGGGUGUGCGCAAUGCAUCAUGGGAGCUGGGUGCCGCAGGUUUCGGCGGGGGGCUCUCCUUAUGGGGGUUGGUACUGGCAGAAUCCGCAGUAUGACUUUGCCCUCUCUGAGCGGGACAACAGAUCCAGUGACUCCUCGAAGUCCUGCUCUUUCAUUUUGGCUCUGAUGCAGAAAUAUCAGCGGCGCAGAGGAAUCACCUUGUCCAUCGCACUGCAUAUCUACCCGGUGCCUCACGAGGACAAGCACCUGUCCCCUCAGGACCUGAGCGUCCUGCCCCCGGUGCUCUGCACCAGCCAUUACUCCUCCCGGCGGGAGGUGGUGCUGCGAGGCACCCUCCCGCCGGGUCGCUACGUCAUCAUCCCGUCCACCGCCGAACCCAAUCAGCAGGGCUCCUUUCUCCUGAGGGUGCUGACUGAGCGAGGCCACGCCUCCACUCCAGCUUCAAGCUCGGCAACACGUGACCCGUCUUCAAUACAAGCGCAGCCUCAGUUCCCUCACCAGACUGCGCUCCCUUCCCUAAAAGCCAUGAAAGUGCUCUUCAAGAAGCACUGCAACAAGAGGGGAUUUUGUAAACCUCAUCACCUUCAUAGCCUGCUGACAGAGACCAUCCAGGGAGGAGUCUUGGCUGGCAGCGAGAAGCACCUGGAACUGGAGCACUGCAAAAGCCUGGUGGUCCUCAUGGACAGUCAAGGCAUCGCGCAGCUAAACUGGCGGGAGUUCCAGAGUCUCUGGGAAAAGAUCCGAAUGUGGACGGACAUUUUUCUGGUGUACGACAAGAACAAAACUCAGCGUCUAGAGUAUGAAGAGGUGGGCCCCGCCUUGAAGGCCGCAGGCAUCGUGGUGGACGACCUGGUGAUGCAGCUGGUGGGCCUGCGGUACACAGAGCCCGACAUGACCAUCAGCUAUCCCGGCUUCCUGUACCUCACCAUGAAGCUGGACAGCAUGAUCCACAAAUUUCACGCGUACGACAUGGUGGGAAUGGGAAGCAUCUCGCUCAACUACAGACAGUGGCUCCACAUGACCGUUUACAACUGAACACUCGCCUCAGCCCAGAAGAUUCCCAGGAUGAAUUCCCUCUGCACCGUUUGAUUGUAUUUUCGUCGCGCUCCGGCAUGAGCGCACAUUACAGCCGCGCUGAGGGAAAUAUUUGUCAGGGAUUGUUUUCGCUCAUGCGGGGCCGCGAUUGAAACAUGGCCGCCAAUUCUUCUACUCGCUGGGAAGAGGUCGCGACCCCGAUCGCUGGGAAUAUUUUUGAUUAACGACCCCCGUUUUAUUGUGACUGUUUGGUAUGUGUACAUAGUCGUCUGCCAGCGUCAUUCUUUAAACACUCUAAACAUGUCCACGCUGUGUGUGUGUGUGUGUGUGUGUGUGUGUGUGUGUGUGUGUGUGUGUGUGUGUUCGUGUGUGUGUGUGUUCGUGUGUGUGUGUGAUAUCCUGUUGUGCUACCACUCACACUGCCUUAUUUGGGCGUUGUGUGCCAUACAUUGCCGCACUUCCUGUCUCCUCACCCUUUCAUAAAUGUAACCACACAUUUUUCUAUUAUAUUUUCACUCACUUCCUGUUCAGGAUGAGCUCAAAUGGACGCAAUGUCACACAAUUUAAUGUGAUGUAAUGCAAAUAUUUGUCGCAAUGAUGGUAACGUUUAACGCCGUAUUGUGUUUCAUGCUAUUUCAGUGCUUCUCAAUUUGUUUCUUUUAAGCAAACAUUCUGCCGCCACUAUGGAUAACAGCACAUGCUUAUACUAUUGUUAUAAGUACACCUCUGCAGAAGAUUGUAUCAUUAAUGUAACCCAGGUGGUAUACCAUUGCGCACUGGUACUUGAACCCUGGUUGUCCACAUGGGAGGCAAGUGUGCUGACCACCGAGCUGGCUAACUAAUGUACACAUGGCCCCGCCCCAUUGGCCGGCUUACGUGACACCCAGGGUGUCCAAACUUUUUCCACCGAUAAAAGCAUGCAGGGGCCCUUUGGAUAUUUUUUCUUUCCAAAACCCUAAAAAUAUACACAUUUUUUGAAACCUUUAGGGCUCCCUUUUAAUUCAGUCGACGGUACCCGGAAGGGUGGCAGUCAUAAAAAUUAAUCAUAUUUUAUAAUUUUUUUGUCAACGUUUUAAUCUUGAGAUCAAUUUCAGAGCCAUCUGUUGAUGAAAAGUUGUAUCUUUGUAUGUUCUUUUUGUAUAAGAUACCCAUUUUUAUGAAAAACAAAAACAAAAAACUAUUCCAAAAACUAAAUAUGCAAUAUCCUCCUCCCCACAAAAAAUAUAUAUUUGGAAUAUUUGAUGUAAAUCAUAAUUCAUAACAGCAUUGAUUAUAUUUUAUUAUUGUUUUUUUAAAAGCAAAGACUGUUAAAAAAUAUAUACAAAAACCAGCUUUUUUUUAACUUUCAAUGUUUAAAUCUCUAGAUCGACUUCAGAUCCACCCCUUGAUUAUGUGUUUUUAUUUAUGUGCUUUGUUAGUUUUCAGGCAAAAUCACAAACCAUGCAAUUUUUAACCCCCAAAAAUAUUUCAAAGUGUAAUAUUUAUUGUGAAGUCAUUGGAGCUUUAUAUAGGACAAUAGUUCAUAACAACAUAAAUUUUGAUUCAUUAUUAUUUAUUGAGCAAUGACAGUUUUAAAGAGAAAACAGCCUGCGUGGCAGAUUUGUGUUUUUAGCAUCAACAUUGUAGCUUUUUCUUGUUACAUUUGCCCUGUUUGCUCUUUUAUUUCACCUUUUUUAUGUUGUUUUUUAAUAGUUUUUUUUUUUUUGAUUUUCAGAAUAUGACGCUGCCAGUAAAAAAUGAGUUGCGUGCUACACUUUGGAUACCCCAACGUUACACGAACUUGAAAAAAUAAAAUAAAGUAUGGAUCAACUUACAACAAACAAUAAUUUUAUUAACAUUGUUUUUUAGUCUAUAAUAGAGAUUUAAAGUGCACCAAUUUGCCUGAAAUAAAAAACUAUAUAGUUAUUUAAACCAUCAUUUUUUUUCUUCAAAUUAGAUACUGAAAAUUAAACUACAUCAAUAAAAAAAACAAUAAUAAUAAAUAAUUACAUAUUCAAAAUGAUGAGCAACAUUAAUUCAGGAGAUCGAUAUUUAAAUCAAAAUGAGAAAGUCAGGAUUAAUGUCCCCCCCUUGACUGCACUAUGUUAAGCAUAUUACAUUCCCGUGAAAGUAUGAAUUAGAUCACUCAGUGUGAUUAUUAUAGCAUUCAUUAGUGGCUGGAAGUUUCCCCCUCGCCCUAUUCUCACUUAUAUCUCACCGCAUAUUUGAAAUAUUUGCUAAUAAUGGCAGGAUGUUUUCCAUGUCCCGACUCACCUUGAACGCAUCACGUACAAACAAUGUCCAUAUAUGGCUCUAAAUCAAAGCUGUCCAAAGUGUGGCCCACAGCUUAAGUUUUGCUGGCCCUCAGUUUAAAGUCAAAAUACAAACUAACAAAAAAGCAAUAAAAAUGCAAUGAAAAAGCAGAAAUGUUGAUUGUAAUAACUAAAGAUAUUCUGAAUUAUAUUAUUUGUCAAUUAAAACACAAAGCUGACAUAAUCUAUUAAUUAUAAAUCGAAAUAAAAUAGUUCUUGUUUAUUUUGUUGACGACUGACCAAAGAAAUAAUUAACUUAAUAUUUUCAUAAUGCAUAAAAAAUUAUGUUGACUACCUUCCAAAUAUAUAUUUUAACAUAAUUAGACAUAUAUUACACCCACACAGCCACGUCUCAACUAUUUUAAUCCAAUCUAAUAAUGCUGAGCCAAUCAGUGACCUCGAUACUGAAUGGCGCACUGAACGGUUUGGUCUCAUCUAUCCAUCCAUCCAUCCAUUUCCUACCGCUUAUUCCCUUUUCGGGGGCGCUGGCGCCUAUCUCAGCUACAAUGGGGCGGAAGGCGGGGUACACCCUGGACAAGUCGCCAGCUCAUCACAGAGCCAACACAGAUAGACAGACAACAUUCACACUCACAUUCACACACUAGGGCCAAUUUAGUGUUGCCAAUCAACCUAUCCCCAGGUGCAUGUCUUUGGAAGUUGGAGGAAGCCCACGCAUUCACAGGGAGAACAUGCAAACUCCACACAGAAAGAUUCCGAGCCUGGGAUUGAACCCAGGACUGCAGGACCUUCGUAUUGUGAGGCAGACGCACUAACCCCUCUUCCACCGUGGUAUCAUCUUGUUGCCAAUAAUAUUGAAGUAUUGAUAUGCUUCCUCACACCUCCAAAGACAUGCACCUGGGGAUAGGUUGAUUGGCAACACUAAAUGGUCCCUAGUGUGUGAAUGUGAGUGUGAAUGUUGUCUAUCUGUGUUGGCCCUGCGAUGAGGUGGCGACUUGUCCAGGGUGUACAUCGCCUUCUGCCCGAUUGUAGCUGAGAUAGGUGCCAGUGCCCCCCGCAACCCCAAAAGGGAAUAAGCGGUAGAAAAUGGAUGGAAUAAUGGAUAUUUUAAGUGUAUUUUUUAGGCUGCUCCAAAAAAAAAUGUAUGCUUGAAAACGUUCAAUUUAGACCAAAAGUCUGUAACAUAUAUAUAAAAAGGAUACCAAAAAAAAAAUCUACGAUCAGAGUGAAGCUGCAAACAUGGAAUGGGCGAGGGACUACUAUUGUCUGUUGGUAGCAUUUCUUUUACAAAAUAGAAAAAAAUGGCUGCUGCUUGGUGAAAAAAGUUUGACCAACCCUGUCUCCUCACUUUUUAUGAAUUCACAUAUAACCGGCCACUUUAUUAGGUAUACAAUCCAAUGCGAUCCAAUGCAAAUAUUUUUCCUCUAUGAAGAUAAUACUGCACGCCUUUGAUUUAUUUAGCAACAACUGUUGAGGCGCUGCAUCUUUUUGACCUACAAUUAAGUGGUGCUAAAAUAAACCCAAUGAAUAAUGAAUAUUUUUUUUAUCAAUAAACUGUCAAUACAAUUAAAGUGCAAAUGAAAACACAGCUUCACCACUUAAGUCAUGAUUUAAGUGGUGGAAAAAUGUAUUACAAAUGAGUACCGCAGCGGCCCGUACGGACCACAGCUGAAAAGCUCGCUGCCUCUACAUGUGUCAUUUUCAACCCCACUCGUUUUUUUUUAUUGGCUCCAUCUAGUGGUACGCCAAUGCAUUUCUUGAUUUAAAGUACAGUGUUUUAUUUCAUUGUAUUCAAACACAGUGUUACUGUUCCAACCGUGUUUAAUGUUACAGUGGCCAAAAUUGUUAAAUAUUCUUGUUAAAUAAAACCUCUGCCUUGUUUUUAUUGAA